AUGGAUGUCGACGCGACGAACUUCGACGACGCUCUGUUCAAGACGGUGAAAGCUGCCUUGAAUGAUGCCGACUACAUCGCCAUCGAUCUUGAAAUGACCGGCAUCCAUGACGCCGCUCAUCAACCCUCAGGCUCCGACUCUACCGCAGUCCGGUAUAGGAAGAACCGAAUAGCAGCCAAGAAAUACGGCAUCAUGCAAGUUGGGGUAGCGGCCUUCAAAGGGGAAGAGUACCGCGCUUGGAACUUUUAUGUCUUCCCUCGACCAAUCAACGACUUGGGAGUUACUUGGGUGCCCUCAGUGGCGCUGUGCUCGGCUGCGAUCGCCUUUAUGAAGGACCAGGGGAUGGACUUCCAACGGUGGAUCGACAAGGGUCUCACUUACGUCAAUGCAGUGGUGGAAUCUCGGCUGGCUGAGGCUUUGGAGAAGAAGAAUCGGGAGGACUCGAGUGGGGAGGGUCUACCUGAAAUUCACAACCCUCAGGCUAAGGAAAAUGUCGAGAAAGCAGUGAAGUCGGUGGCCGAAUUUGCUAAGGACCCUGAACAAGAUUCCUUCAAACUGCCCAAUCUGCGUGGAGUGGCCUUGAGAGUCGCUACGGCUCGUAUCAAGGCCAACCACCCCAACCUAUUGAUCGAGUCGGUCCGUGUUGGGGCAUACACUGAGAGGUUCGUUACUCGUCGGUCUAGACGGGACCUUGUGCGGGAAAAGCUUGGUUUUCGUCGAGUUUGGAAGGCCAUACUGCAGGCUAAGAAGCCUAUUAUCCUCCAUAACGGCAUGCUUGACCUCAUGUGGAUGAUGCAGGAGUUCGAUCAAGAUUUGCCCAGCGAGUUGGCCAACUUCAAGGCGCGAGCUCGGCAACUGUUCCCCUCGGGAGUCUAUGAUACUCGACAGAUCGCCAUCGAGUCUGGCUUUCACGGAGUGGGUCUUUCGCAGUUGGCUGAACGUUUCGCACAGGACCCGGUAGUGCAGAAAAUUCACGGCGCGGAUGAGUUCUCUAGAAAAUUCGAUGGUGAAGAUGGAGAGGAGAAAUUUCAUGAGGCCGGCUAUGAUGCUGUGGCUACAGGAAAGGUCUUUGCCGCUCUCACAGCGGAAAUGAGUGAUGAGGAGAAGAAGCAGUUCCUCAACUACAUUGCACUGGCCCAGUCCUACUACUGUGUCAAUUUGUCGGAGGCAGCAGGAGAUCGCGCGGUGAAUGACAGGCCUCGUCAGUAUCGGGUUCUCGAGGGCAUCCCGAUUGGGACUAAGAACAGUGACGUCUUGGCGUUGGUCGAGGAAGUGCGGACGCAUUUCCAGGAAAAGGAGGCUGGUAUGAAGGUUUAUACGUAUAUUGAUUGGAUUGAUGAUACUCGAGGGGUCCUGCAUCUGACGCCGAUACUUCAUAAGGAUGAUGAUAAGGAUAGCGAGGGAGAGCAGAAGGAGGCGCGGGAGAGGGAAAAGGAGGUUAAUGCCGAGAUUGGUGUGAUGCUGGAUGAGGCGUUGGCGAGAAAAGUUGGUACCUCGAACGAGUGGUCAAUGCUGAAGGUCCGCUCACUCGACGACUAUCUGAAAUCCGAGGUCCUCGUAUGGCGGGGCGUCAGCUGGGAGUCCGUCUCCUCCAAGUCAGGGGGGCACUUCCAGCGGUCAGAGUACCAACGGCCCGACCAAAGGGGUACCUCCAAAGCGGAGACGAACCACUUUCGGGUUGUAGUUGAUGCAAUUGGUGAUAGCGAGGAGUCUGAUGAGAGCGAUGAUGAGUGGUACGCCGAUAGUGAUGAUAGCGAUGAGUAGCUGCUACCUAUAUGAUGAUGAUGGACCGGCUCCUGCUGCACUACGUACGAUUAUUAUACUUAGUGUUUGCUGCUGAUAGUAGUAG